AUGAAGGAGACGACGAAAGGCAUUAGAGGUACCUUGGCGGAAGAAAGGAAGAGGACCGAGAGCACAUUUCGGUUUUUCCUCGCGGCCGUUAUUAGUCUCUUUACCCGGUGGAGUGGUAAUGCCCUCCUCAGCUUCUACACUGGCAAGAUCUUGGCGACUGUCGGCAUCACUAACCCCCACACGGUGCAAAUGAUCAUUUUCGGCUGGACCUGCUGGGGCCUCGUGGCCGGGACGAGCGUGGCCACCCUCAUCAGCCCAAGCUCAAAGGUAGAGAUAGGGUCUCCCAAAGCCGUCAUCCCGGUAUUGGUGUUUAUGUUCCUCUAUACGCCAUUCUACGUUUUAGGCUGGGGCUCUCUCACCUACACCUACCUCUCCGAACUCUUCCCCUACUACCAACGCUCCCAAGGCAUUGCAGUAGAGCAAUUCACCGUACGCAUUGCCUCUUUCAUCGGUUCUUACGUAAACCCCAUUGCCCUCUUCAAUAUCGGGUGGAAGUAUUACAUAGUAUACUAUGUCUGGAUUGCUAUCGAAGCACUUACAGUAUACUUUUUCUUUCCCGAGACUAAAGACCGCACCCUCGAGGAGCUGGCGUUUAUGGAGAGGAUGGACGAGGUAAUGGGUUAUCAACCGCAUGAACUAGGCCCAAUUCCGGAGGAGGAGGAGAAUCGGGAACCUGUGGUAAACGAGAGGGUGGUGAAUACUGUCACUCCUUAG